AUAAAACGUCUCACGCUGUGAGUUGCAGAGUGCGUCAAAAUGGCAGCCCGCCGUGUAGUCAAGUUAUUGUAUGUUGUCAUUACUUGUUGCUUUUUUGCAAUUUCCGUUUGUGACAAAGAUAACUAUGUUGAGGAAUUAUUUAUUAAACCACUCAACAAUGGAUUUAUUUAUACACAUUUUCAAUUUACUACAAAGUGGAACGUUAGCAUUUGGCAAGAGGAGUCACUAAAACAUUAUAAUGUUUUUCCCAAGUCUCUAGGAGAUACUUUACAAGCUUUCAGCAUACAGGAGCUUCAUUUGACACUCACCCAGGGUCUUUGGCGACACAGCAAAUGGGGCUACCCAGUCAGAGAUGCCCCACCUGGAGCUGAGCUGUGGGUUUGGUUUCAAGACACUGUAGAGGAUAUUGAUCAACAAUGGAUAAGCUUAACCAAUGCUCUAUCAGGACAGUUUUGUGCCUCCCUAAAUUUCUUAGACGGGACAUCGACAGUGCAACCACAGCUUUCCUUUCGACCAGAGGGCAUAAAUCACAAGGAUAAGUCUGUGAACUCUUCCUACAUCCGCUAUGCUGCAUUGCCCAAGGAAAAUGUCUGCACUGAAAAUCUGACACCCUGGAAAAAGCUGCUGCCAUGUGGUGAAAAGACUGGGCUUGGAUCAUUAUUAAAAGCAAAAAAGUUGUAUGAUGCGAAUUACCACUCUCUCGCCGUAUCCAUAAGACCAGUUUGCAGAUCCAGAAGCAGCUGUGAGGAUCCAUCUUUAGAAUUGAGCCAAAGUCUUUCACUUGUGAUUGACAAUCACAUACGCAACAAUGGACGAAGAGACUGGUCUCUCCGGCAGUUAUUUGGUGAGACAUUAUCUGGUCACUGUCCGUUGGCUUCAAGAAGUGUUGUGUACACCGAUACAACAGAUAUUGAGGGCAGUGCUAUUCUUAGCCCUCCACCAGGGGAAACGCACAUCGAGAUGAAUCAUGGUCACACUAGAACUUAUGCUGUACACAAUGUCAAAGAUUUCACUUUAAAUAAUGGAAGGCUAAACAUUGGUGCAAAGUAUACCACAAGUCUGAUACCUUACACUUCAGUGCAGCCACCAAUUCUUCAUGCUCAACGUUUUGCAUCGGGUUAUGGGCAAGAACGUGGAGGAAUUGUGUGUCUUUUACACAAUGAAGAUCCUCAUGCCAAUAUUACUGUCAUCUACAUGGAGUCUAUACCCUGGUAUAUACGAGUGUACUUCCAUACACUGACCAUAGAGAGUGAAGGUGUCAAGAUUAAGCCAGAGUACCAGCAUUUUGUUGCUGGCAAGGACAGAGCAAGGCCACAUCUCAUGGAGUUGGUCUUCACAUUACCUAGGUCAUCCACCACGCGCCUCAGCAUAGAGUUUGACCGUGCUUUUCUUAAGUGGACAGAGUACCCGCCGGACGCGAGUCAGGGAUUUCUCAUUAACUCGGCUGUGAUCAGCACUGUGCUGGUCAGACCACCUAAUCACAUGUUUGGCUUUGCAGAGUCUUCAGAACUGAGUCACAUGUUUAACAACACACGAGAGACAUAUUUCAUGCGGCUACAUACAGAGACACUGCUGGUGGCACUAGCAACUCCAGAUUUCAGUAUGCCGUACAACGUCAUCUGCCUUGUUUGCACAGUCGUGGCCAUUGCUUUUGGCUCCAUUCAUAACCUUACAACAAGAAGGUUCAUUGUUGAAGAAGCUCACAAGAAGGGUGGCAUAAUAGGGAAGAUAAAGAACUUUUUUAGAAGAAAAUCUGUUCCUGCUGCACAGAGUGAAGGCUCAGAGAUAAAGUCACACCUCAAGGACAGCUAAUUCCAUUUCUAUUGCCCAUUUUUCAUUAAUUACAAGCACAAUAAAAAACGUCUGCUGUUAACUUUAGCAGACAACAAUUUGCACGUUACAUUUCAGAGUAACUACAUCGUAACAUAGUACUACACCGAAUUUCUGAGCCAUAAGUUAAUUGCUCGAUUGCAGUUGUGUGCUUGCUGUUCUGGGAUAUUUAUGGUUCAAGAAUGUUUAUCAUGUUGCGUUAGUGAUCAGCUAUUGCACCCACUCCCACUCUAAUGAAUAUAUGUAAAUGCUUUUAACAGUGGCUUUUACCAGCAUUUACUAAGCAGUAGGUUGAACUAUAUAAAAUUGAGUCGGUGCAUUUCUGUAGUCCAACAUGACAAUUUGAUUAGCUGUACACAGAGCCUUUUUAAUGCUUAGUACGUUUAUGUGGUUGUUAUUGCUCUGUACGAAGUCUGGCAUGUCUGGGUUAUCUAUGAAUGAUUUCAAUAUGCAAUAGUAAUAAAUAUGCAUAUGGGCGUCUUUGUGCUGAUUAUAUAUAUUUAUGUAAUUGUAAAUAUAACGGAUUUUUUGUAAUAACAAA